CUCGUCUUUGAUGUAAGUACUUAAAAAUCGCUUAUUAAUCUAAAUGCUGAUCUAGUAAACAAAUACAAAAAAUAACGACUGAGAAUUUGUUGGCAUGGUACUGCUAACGCACUCAUCAAAGGUAGGAGGGCAGAUGAGCAUUUGUUGACAUGGUACUGCUAAUGCACUCAUCAACGUAUGCUCUGGACCAAGUUGGUGCCCCCUCAACAGGGAAGAUGUUGCACUUGCAGGAGCAUGGACGAUCGUGGACAAAUAAAGUGCUAUCGUUCUUCGUCGAUCAAAUUGUAGAAGGUCAACUACCGGCAAGGCGUUCAUCCUUUGCUGCAUCAGAUGAAAAAGGGGACGAAGAUACAUCUACAACUGAUGCCAAUAAAGAUCAAACAGGCGCAGCUGAUGCCAAUAAAGAUCAAUCUGCGGACCAAAUUACGAACAAAGUAGAGCAGCUAUUCGAACCCGGCUUGCCUUAUCGCGACCUGCUCAUCCGUCAUGGGGGACCAAGUAGAGUCUGGGCGGAUCGUGCUCAGGACGCACUGGAUGAGCAGCUCGAAAAGAUUACAGAGGCUCUGCCAGCGAUUGGAGAUGGAAUUUUUCGUGGCAAGCGCCAAACCGAAGCAGCGAAGCAUGCGCGGGAAGCGAUUGCGGGAUUGCAAUUAUGACGUUGAGAGGUUUAAACUGCUACUUAUCCAUCUUUAUCGAAGAGACACCUUCAGCUGCUUAGACUUUUGCGUAGUGCGUCCGGGUAGCAAAGAUGAACUGCACGACUAUUUCUAUUUCAUCAAUGCAUCGCUCAGUGAGCCACGACUUAGCCGUAAUUGAUAUUGAUCGUAUCAAUCAAUCUUCUGUCCACUCUAUCUAACACUCCAAAGUGGACCAUUUCCAGAAGUUGAGCAACGCUGCCGCGAACUCCAGAAAACAGCGAAUAAGCUACGACGACUCGUACGAAAGGAAGCUGAGAAACAGCACAUUGAAGAAACAUGAAUACUUGUAGAUGAACGCGCUGUUUGGAGACGGAGUGCAGGUUAAAUGAUAAACAUAAGAAUGAAGCAAAGACUCAGAAUCAGACUAUACUGAAGAUGGUACGUACUAGGCCUAGACCUGCUACGCUACAGCGAAG